GACAUCUGAUCAGUUUUGUCCGGUAUCAAACAGUUGUGAAACCGUGCUGUCUCCUCACUAUGAAGACACUAGUCCUCCUCACUGUCGUGGCAGUUGCUCUGUCCACGGUACAAUCGAUAGCGGUCGAUCCGCGGAAGAUCGAUUGGACGCUGGUACGCACCCUGCACCAGACGGAUGCGAUCCGUGCGAAGCAAGGACUUCCUCCACUGACGGACGAUGAGGUCCGUUCGGCAAGGAUUGCCGAUGGGCAGAUUGCAACGCCAAACCAGAUCCCGUGGGCGGCCGGUGUGCUCAUAUCCGGCUCAUCCUCGCACAGCUUCUGCAGUGGUGUGCUGAUCUCGCGCCGCCAUGUCCUGACGGCUGCCGUGUGCAUUUCGGGCUCCAACACUCUUACCGUCCUGCUCGGUGCUUCGGACAUGACGCGCGUUGAGGAGUUUAUUGCCGUGACGAACAUCCUGUCGCAUCCGAACUACAGCUCGUUCUUCAAUCGGGACGAUAUUGCCAUCCUGACGCUGGCACGCGAAGCUCCAAUUAGUGACACGAUUCGGCCAGUUGAUCUGCCACGGCUGAGCCAGGUUGGAAACGACUUCAACAGCUGGGCUGCUACGACUGCCGGCUGGGGUAACUCGGGCCGUCGUGAGAAUGAACCGAUCCCGAUCCAGAAUCUACAGUUUGCCACCGAUGUAGUAACGUCCAACCUGCGCUGCACGCUGUCCCACACGUUUAUUCGCAGUACGCACAUCUGCACCCAGACGAACAAUGGUGGAGCUUGCAAUGGCGAUGAAGGAGGACCGGUCACCGUUACCGAAAGUGGACGUACGUUCCUCAUCGGUAUCCACUCGUUCCACUUCUCCGGCCUGUUCGGGUGUGAUCGUGGACGUCCCUCGGUGCACACGCGCAUCACGGAGUAUCUGGGCUGGAUCCAACAGAACUCCGACGCCAUUGUAGAACCUUAAUUUGUACAGCUCGAAGAAUGCUUGCCGGAAAUAAAAACCUUCUCACCAGUCAGCUUAUCAAAUCGUA